CUAACAGCCUGUGUAGCUCAAAUAGGAAGCACUAUAUUUAGACAAUAUUGUUUGUUUCAGGAAGCUAAACUAUCUAAAUAUGUACGUACCAGGAAGAAGUGCAAAAAGUAGAACGCUGAAAGCUUAUGUCAAUGGGGGAAUACUAAUUUUCUGCCAAUUUGGUGACACACAUAGAGAAAAACAGAAGUACUUAUGCAAAGGUGAAGCUUCAACAUGCCCUUACAAUCGGCUAGCCCACAACGACAGCAGAGUCAUCCAGUAUGAGAACGCUCGCAGGGACUAUUUAACCAUUCUCAUCAAAAACCUCACCUCAGAGGACAGUGGGACUUAUCACUGUGGGAUCGAAGAUGGACGCUUAGAUGAUAAAAUCACUUUGAAUGUAAAAUCAGGUGACUGCUGUGACACACCGUUUUUUAGAACUGGUCUUGAGGGACAGAAUAUCAACAUUCAGUGCAAGUACUCUGCUGCAGAAAAUAGAGACAAUACCAAGCACUUCUGUAAGCAACAAAAUGAUGUUAUUGAGACAAAUCUAAUAGAGUCAAAACCAUCAGAUACAGAACAAAAGUAUUCCCUGUCUGACAACAGAAGUGCAAACCUUUUUUCUGUGACUAUUUAUGAGCUGGAGAAAAAGGAUGCUGGAAUCUACUGGUGCGGAGUGAGAACCGGUACAGAAGAUGUGGCUUUGACCAGCCAGGUGAAUUUACAGAUCACAGAAAAACAAAAGGGUCCAGUGACUCUGAGAGGAUUUAAUACGGGAGGCAUUGCAAUUCUUUGCAAAUUUAAUAACAAGCGUAAACACAAGAAGAGAUUCUUCUGCAAAGGCAAUUCUACAACCUGCCCUCACUACCGCUUCACAAAUGGUACUGACAGCAGGUUCCUCCAGUAUGAAAAUGUUCAGGAGGACCAUCUAACAGUUCUGCUCACAAACCUCACCUCAAAGGAUGCCGGGAUAUAUCACUGUGCUGUUGAAGAUGAAGAAAUGCAUACAGCAUUCAACUUGAAUAUAAAAGAAGGUGGCUGCUGUGAAUCACCUAAUACAACUACUGGACAUGAGGGAGGACAUAUAGAGAUUCAGUGCAAGUACCCCGAAGUAGCAAAAACAAACGUAAAGCACUUCUGUAAGCAACAUGAGGCAUUCAUUGAGUUGGAUUGGAUCGUUUCAAAGCCUUUGCCGAAGAAUAGAAAGUAUUCUCUGUCUGACAACAAAACUGCAAACGUUUUUACUGUGACUAUCCAUGACCUGAAGAGGGAGGAUGCUGGAAUCUACUGGUGCGGAGUGAGAACUAGUGAGAAUAAUGUAGCUUUGACCGGACAGGUGAAUCUACAGAUCACAGAAAAAGCCCAUGUUGAGGACAUGAAGACCCCUGUAGUCAUGGUAGCCAUAGUGAUAGUAGUCAUGGUGAUAGUAGCACUGGUGUUAGCAGUCACAUUCUUCCUGUGUUACACACAGAGCAGGAAGCAUGACAGGUCAGGCACAUUUAUUUACUAUAAAGCAGAGAAUCCGGACCCAGAUGGUAUUUAUGAGGAGAUUGAGGACAUUGGUACUCCUCCCCCUCCUCUGACUUCAAGAUGCAACUAUACCAAGGUAGACAAUGCAGGUGACCCUACGUACUACACUAUCCAGUCACCCCCAAACCUUCCUGAUGAUACAGGCCUCCACCUUCUCCCCAAGACAUCUCACACCCAGAUCAGCACUGUCUAUGCCACCGUUGAAUUACCCACAAUCCCUGGUGAUGUCUCCACAUACUUAAACAUCCAGUCACCGAUACACACUUCGGCUGACACACACUUUAAUACUGGUUCUGAUGAAACAGAUAAAACAAUCAACACCGUCUAUGCCACUGCACAAAUACCUAAUAAUCCUAGUGGCAUCCAGUCACCAAUACACACUUCUGCUGACACACACCUUAGCACUGGUACUGAUGAAAUUGAUAGUACAGUGAGCACUGUCUAUACUACUGCACAAUGUCCCAUUAAUCCUAGUGGCAUCCCCACACCAUGCGCUGAUAAUCCAGACGCCACAAACCCAGCUAAUCAGGAACCCAAAUACACCAAUGAGGACACGGUGUAAAACCCCUGAUUCACCCACACAUACUUCUGAUGAUACUGACUAUUCUGUGGUCUGUAGUCCAACAAGUACUCAAAUAAAUAUGGUUUCUGUAAGAGAUGCACCGAUAGAUCGGCUGGUGACCGGAAUCGGC